ACACAUGCUAAUCAAUAUCAAUACCAGCAUUGUUCAAUCUUCUAAUGAACCUCACAACUUAUAGAAAGACAUAAAGCUAUUUAUCCAUCCAUCCAUCCAUCCAUCCAUCCAUCCAUCCAUCCAUCCAUCCAUUAAAUUGGCUUUAAUUUUCAUUUAAUAAUUUCAAAAAUAACUCAUGUUUGCAAACAAAGGAUGAAACAGGUUUCGGAUUCACUUUUAUGGGUUUUCUCAGUCUUACAGAAGAUAUAAACAGGGCUGAGUUUUGGUUCUCCUUCCAAAUUAUGAUUACGAUUUCACAAAACAUUUCUAGAGAACACCCUCCCUUCCCAUGACUAUUGCAAAAUGUUAAGGAUGUUCCUCUUUUCUUUUCUGAUGCUGAAUAAAUUCUGCGUGCUCACAUCAAAUGCAGACCAAACUGGAUUCAUCAAAGAAAUCUAGCUUUCUGAACUGCUUCAGAUUCUCAAAGAGAUCUAUUCUUGUGCAUCACCACCAGUGUCCUGGACUGUCCUCCUUAACCACUGAUCUGAAUUUAUCCAAACGGACAAAGAACAAAUUUUGCAGAAUGAGAGAUGAAUUUCUUUCCUUCAAAGAUGAUGAGGACUAUAGUGGAAGUGGUGACAUCUAUAAUAGUGGAUAUGAACACCAAGAUAAGUACGAGGGCUGGGCUAAAUAUUUUGGAACGGCGGGUGAUGAAUUAACACGAAACAUUAUCAAUAUCUUCAUCGCCAUGAUCUGCACUCUAGGCCUGGUGGGCAAUGGGGCGACAAUUUAUGUCCUGCUCUACUCCAUUAAGAGGAAUUCUUUUACCACUUACAUCCUGAACCUUUCCAUCGCUGAUUUCGGGGUCCUCACCUCCCUUGUUAUUGCCAUUAUAUUUGUGACGGUUCUAACGCUGCAGAAAGAAUUUGACCUUCUGUUUGUCUUUUUCUUGGUAUUUUUCGAGUUCUUUUCCUUCGCCUAUUCCGCCAGCCAGUUCCUCCUGACCGCCAUCAGCCUGGAUAGAUGUGUGGCCGUCUUCUUCCCACUCUGGCAUCGCUACCAUCGUCCGCCGUAUUUGCCCACCCUGGUUUGUGGCUUCAUCUGGAUCCUGUCCUUCCUGCUCUCUGCGGCGCACUUCAUUCUGCACUGGAGCUGGAACUUUGAACGUUCCCCCUUCCUUUAUCAGCUUGCUGUGAAUGGUUUACUUUGUACGCCUCUCAUGAUUGUGUCCACCGUGACCCUCUGGAUUCACAUGAAGUGGUCUAAACGACAACGCAAUCAAAGGAAGCUGCUCACCACCAUUUUGCUGGUUCUUCUUUGCUUCCUCCUUUUUUCUCUCCCAAUGAAUGUCUUUUGUGUUGUUGACUAUUUUGAUUCCUAUAAUCUCCUGCUCAUGACCAUCGGGAUGGGAUGCGCCGCUCUUAACAGCAGCAUCAACCCCCUCCUUUAUUUCUUAGUCGGGAGGAAGCAGAGACAAAAGGACCAGCCCAGAACAUCUUACAAGGUUGCUCUGGAAAAUGUCUUCAGGGAUGAGCAAGGAAGCCCAGAAGCCCAGGAAACUAAGACAGAAGACCAGUUGUGAAGAACCACUAUCACUGUAUAGUCAUUUUUUUUAAAAAAAAAA